AUGGGUAUCCCCGAUGACGACUUCGACUCUGGGGACGCGCUCUUUGACGAUGUGGAUGAAGAUGACCUCAUAUUCGACGGUGUCGAAGAAUCUGAUCUGAUCGAAAAGACCCCUGGAAAGCACAGCAGGGGCAAAGAGAACGACAAUGUUCCCGUCAAAAAGGCUCGGCAUGGCUCCAUCAGCACAACCAAUGGUCAGCUUGGUGAGACUCAAAGACUCCAGAUUGCGCAGAGAAUAUUAGCAGACAACUUCCGCUACAAAUCCUUUCGACAUGAGCAAGAAGCCGCCAUCAGCAGAAUUCUGAACGGAGACAACGCCCUUGUUGUCUUUCCCACUGGAGCCGGAAAGUCACUUUGCUACCAGAUACCUGCCAUCGCCUUUCCAGAGAUGGACAAGGUGACGAAAGAACGACAUGCCGAUGAUUCCGGCAUCACCAUCGUUGUUUCACCCUUGAUCGCUCUGAUGAAGGAUCAAGUCGAUGCCCUCAAGCGAAAGGGCAUCGCAGCAGAAUGCAUGGACUCAACCAAGACGUGGGAGGAAAUACAAAAUAUCAACAAAGAUCUCCGCGAGGGCAAGCUGCGCCUCUUGUACUGCGCCCCCGAGCGCCUCAACAAUGAAGGAUUCGUUGGCAUGAUGAAGUAUGUCAAGGGCGGAGUCAGACUGAUUGGUGUGGAUGAGGCACAUUUUGCACGAUUCGUCAAAGAGAUCCAAGCGGAGCGUGUCAUUUGCCUUACAGCUACAGCCACGCCUCCUGUAAUCGACGACAUUUCCUACGAUUGGAAGCAGAGGCUGUCCAAGCGAAAGAUGACAAGUACGGUCUUUUCUGAAGAGUUGGCGCAACAUCUCACCGGGAAGGGCUUUCCUGCCGCUCAUUUCCACGCCGGCAUGAAGAUAGAGGAAAAGAAGGCGAUCCAAGAUGAUUUCAUGACAUCCAAGAUCCAGACUGUUGUGGCUACCAUCGCCUUUGGCAUGGGCAUCGACAAGCCAGACAUCCGGAAUAUUAUUCAUUGGGAUGUCCCCAGCACCGUCGAAGAAUACUGCCAACAAGUCGGCCGCGCUGGUCGUGAUGGCAAACAGAGCUACUGUAUGCUGUACCUCUGCCGCGAAGACUUUUGGAUCCGCGAAAACUUUGCCCGUGGCGACCUUCCGUCACGGAACUCUUUACGCGAUCUUCUCAAGGAUAUUUUCGACGACGACGUGGUCAACCUCCGCCAAGGCGAGACUUUCAAGGUCAGCCACUACGGCCAGUCUACGAAAUUCGACAUCCGUAUCAGCCCCCUCAGCGUGAUCUACGCAGCGUUGGAAUUGAAGUUCAAUCUCAUUCGCGCCACGACGCCAGAGUACAGCUCGUACAAGUUCGAAGCAACCUCGAGUUACUUCCCUCGCCUCAAGGUCAUCAAUACACCAGAGAGUAAAGCCAUUCUUCAACACGCAAAGAAAGCAAAAAAGUUCCACUCCAUCGACCUGACACAGGUAGCCAACAAAGAGGGAUUGCGACGAAGUGAUUUGGUCAACCUCCUCAAUGACCUCAACAACAACGGCGCCAUUGUCCUCACAGUGGGUGGCGUGGAACAAAAGUACAAAGUCCUGGGCAAGCUACCCAAGACCGACACCGCAAUCGACAAACUGACGGACGAGCUCUACGAAGACCUUAAGAGGCGCGAGAAACAAGCUCUGGAACGUCUUACAGAGGUUGUUAACUUUGUUACAUCCCCCAAGUGUUUUGGUCUAUCACUCGCGCAACACUUUGGCAUGGAUCUUCCUUCCAACUCCAAUAAGUGCGGCCACUGCACAUUCUGCUAUCAAGGCCAACGGGUUGCACUGCCGCCUGCUUCACCGAAAAAGGUUGACAGGUCUGCGAUCAACCAAGUGCUCGCAGCGACGGAUGUUCGCGAUGACGCGCGAUUCCUGGCAAGGAUCGCAUUCGGUAUCAAGAGUCCUCGUGUUGGCAAGCUCAAGCUUGACAAGACGAAGGCAUUUAUGUGUAUGGCAGAUCAGGAUUUUGAUGCGAUUUUGAAGGAGUUCAAGAAGGCUUGCAAGGAAAAAGAUGACUGA